UAGUUUAUUAGUCGAUGUAGGCUCGUAAUGCCGUUGCUUGUUGAAAAAUCGUCAAUUGGUAUUCUGUAUAUACUAAAUAUUUUUUAUUUUGUGAUAAAAAAUAUAUCCUGAAAUUAUUAUUAAUUUAUUAUAUAUGUAACAGUGAAGUGUCAGUCGUUUAGUAAUUAAGUUAUUUUUCAAGUAGUAGUGAUAAUGUUGCGGUAUUUAUUAGAUAAAUUUUGGAAUGAAGAUGUUUGGCUGCCGCCAAAUACUACUUGGGAGGACAUAAAACCAGGACCCGAUAAGGUUGUGGUUUAUAAUGAUCACAGGCAUCUUCUGUACCCUAUACCUUUAGCUUUUGUGCUCAUCGCACUGCGCCACCUUAUAGAAAACUAUUGGUAUGCACCAUUUGGCAAAUCGUUAGGUAUAAAGAACACAAGAUCAAAAAAGGCUCCCAUUAUCCCUAAACUAGAAGCAGCAUAUCAGGAAUGUUCUAAAAUUAAACAUAAGCAGCAGUUUUUCAGCAGGGAACAGAUAUGUGCACUAGCGAAGCAGCUAGAUAUGACGGAACGUCAGGUGGAGAGGUGGUGGCGCCUUCGAAGAAGUCAGGACAAACCAUCUACACUCGUCAAGUUUUGCGAAAAUGCGUGGAGGUGUACCUUCUACCUCUACAACUUUUCUUAUGGGGUGUUUAUCCUCUGGGAUAAGGAAUGGUUGUGGGAUAUAGACCAGUGUUAUAUUGGAUAUCCACAUCAGGGUGUAACAAGCGAUAUCUGGUGGUACUAUAUGAUAUCGUCAGCGUUCUACUGGUCGCUGACGUUCUCCCAGUUCUGGGACGUGCGUCGGAAAGACUUCUGGCAGAUGUUCGUGCAUCACUUGGCCACUAUCGCUCUGCUCUCCUUCUCCUGGGUCUGCAACCUUCAUCGCAUUGGCACGCUGGUCCUGCUAUUGCACGACUGCGCUGAUAUAUUUUUAGAGGCGGCAAAAGCAGCUAAGUAUGCGAACUAUCAAAAGUUUUGCGACGUCAUAUUUACAAUUUUCACCGUCCUCUGGAUUGUUACCAGGCUUGGUAUCUAUCCAUUCUUCAUUAUUUGGAGUACAUCAAUCCGCGCUCCCAUGCUUCUACCGAUGUUUGCAGCGUACUAUAUCUUCAACUCGCUACUAUGUCUGUUGCUAUGUCUACAUAUGGUAUGGACUUGGCUGAUACUGCAAGUUGCCUACAAAGCUAUCAAUGCUGGCAAGAUGGAAGGUGAUAUUCGCAGUUCCAGUUCAGAUGUAAGCGAUAGUUCACAUCAAUCCAACCACAGCACGCCGAAUAGGGUCAAUAAUAAAAAAGACAAGUAGACUACAGGAUUUGAAGUCAAUAUUUGUAUUUAACGAAUCUGUUGUUAUUGUUGUAAUACUUAUUUUAGGCUAUGGAUACAUUUUUUGCUGACUAAUUUAUUGAAGAGGCUGCAAAAAAUUGCUCCUUUGGUUAAGAUUGUACUGUUUUUAUUUUUAAGCUAAAUGCUUUUUGCCUAACAAAUCGAGAUAAAUUAAUAAUUGCCAAAUAUUAUAUAAUAAGCAGCAUUUAUAUCUGGGACCAGAUACAAGUGAUACUACUUUUUUUUAAGUGUAUUGGCAUUGCUUAAAUGGUCAUUUUUUUUCAUUAAUUCAAUCAAUAAUUCAAGGUUGAAAUGAUAAAAGAAACCAAAGAAACAUACUAUGUUUUUAAAUCAAUGCUAAAAACCAAAUGCAUAUAUUAUUUAUGUUGGAAUAGUUUAAGGUGACUUAAAUUAAUUAAUUAGCUUCUUUCUUAUGGUGUUUAUUUCCUAUGGUUUUUCUUAUGGUGAUUAUAUACCAAUCAGUAGAUGUUAAAAUCAAUAAUCAUUAAUGUUAUUUUAAUGAUUGAUAACAAUUAAUAAAGAGUUCUAAUUUUACAUUGUAAUUUUAGACUUCUUUCAUUGCUGAUAAAAAUGACGGUCGACCUUGUUAACAGCCUUUCAUGUAGCUUUAUCUAAAAUUCCUAAUGGUUUGAAUUUUCUUCCAAUUUAUAAUGCAUGACUCUUUUACGACCGUCAUUUUGUUCUAAUUAUUUAAAAAAAAAACUAUAUAAAUCAGUGUAGAUGACAUUUUAUAGCUUGUUUUAUUUUAUAGAUUUCGUAUGUGCUUUUUAAAAUCAUGAUGACUGAUUAUGUUUAUCAGGUUAUGUAUUUCUUUUUCCUUUAUUUUUUUAGCGGCACACGUUCAUAUUUUGAUUAUUUAUUCAAAUUUCAAAUAUUGUAUGAAAAUUAACACAUCUUUUAAGGAAAUUAUUAGUUAUUCUUUAUUAUUAGUCUUUAUUUUUAUUGUCUGUUGUCUAUGAUUCACAUUUUGAAAAUUAUAUUUUUAUUUGGAUAUAAUGCCUGAUAAAAUUAGUACCAAAAAUCCAUAUCAAUAGAGUAUUUUGCACUAUUAUAGUUAAGUAGGCAAUGCUAAAAUCACCCAAAGACGCUUUUAUAGUUAUUAUCUAGAUAGGUAAUGUUUAGGACAAUUACGGUUGUAUUAGAAAAAUUAUUUAACGGUAAUAAAUAAUAGAACAAUUUUUAAAUCAGUAAUUAAGACACAGUCGUAGUCUCGAACGCCAACCACCACAGGUAACCACCAACCAGCUAUGUUUGGUCGGGUGAUUCUCUAUAUUUUUUGCCAGGCGUAGGAGGCUUCGAGUGUAUAGUUUGUAGUAAAAGUAUUGUUAAUUCGAUAUUAUUUUUAUAUUUGAGUCGAACAAAAUUGAUUCCUUACAGCAUUUUUAGUAUUUUAAGUAAAAGUUUACGGAAAAGAACAAAUUCGUUAGUUUGUAUGUUUAUAUUUUAAAUUUGUUUUCUUUUUAUAGCAUAGAUAGUAGAAGAGGUUAUUUUUGCUGUUGUUUUUAUUUAAUUUUUAAGGAGUUUUUACUCUCAUGUGAAGGAAUGCGUACUUUUGACGCUUUAUCACAUUAAAUUAUCUUAAAAAUAUCAAUUACAAGUGUUAAGGGGUUUGUGCCUUUAUUAUGAUAAUCAUAAAAUACGAAUGUAUGAAUAAUACCCAUUUGAUAAUAUUAGUCUAUAAACUGUUGGUGUCUGUUGGUGCCUGAAUAUGUGUAAUUUGUAUUUAAUUGCAUUGAAUUUAGUAUUUAUAUCUUACGAGUUCAUACUUCCUCUAUGACUUCUUGGUAUUAGUAACUCUUUUAUUGAAAAGAAAUAUUUACUAUGGAAAAAUGCAUUUAGAUAUUUUAUUACAGUCUUUUUUUAACACAGGUUGUAUAGAUUACUCAAUACAACCUGUGUUGUUCUGGGUUGUGUAAUUAAAAUAACGGAAAAUGUUGUUUGACUUGUAUAACAAAAGGCACCUUUACCAAAAUGGCUACAUGCUCCACAAGGUGUCAAGGGACAUUAAUAAUUGUUUUUGUUGUAUUGGAUUUUGUUACAUAAUAUAUUUAAUUAAAAUACUAUCUUUAUAGUACAGUGGCUAUUGUUACCUGUUGGUUUGACUGAGCUUGAUAUGCACAAUAUAACUUAUGUAUGUUAAAAAGAUAAAUAAAGAGAUUUGAGGCUA